AACGUGAAGAUCAAAAUCAUCUACGCCGAGACAAAAUGACGUCUAUUCUGAGGGUUCUAGGUGUGAUCCUGAUCUGGACUCAGGCCAAGGCAGAACCUCAAACCACACCAAUGGGAGCCACAUUACAUGUAAACUGUCAAGUCUACAGUGGUUCAAGAACUGUGGUCUGGUACAAACUGGACUCCAGCAAGAGACUACACCUGAUGGUAUCAGUAAAUAGCCUCAAAGGUGAAAAUCUCUACAAAAAUUCCCGUUACUCUAUACAGUCUUCUGAAGAUAGUAAUACUUUGAGAGUGUCACGUGUGAGAUGGGAGGAUGCCGGCACGUACUACUGUGGAGUUAUAGAUGAGUAUGGUGUCAGCUUUGAACCAGGGACUGAGGUGGUGGUGGUUGAAGGAAAGUCCAGUCUUCCUCCUUCACUCCAGUCUGUGGUCCAGAGUCCAGACUACAUCAGAGUGCAGCCAGGAGACUCUGUGACUCUCAGCUGUUGGUUUAACACCAGCCUCUGUACAAAAGAACACAUCAGUGUCCAGUGGAAGAAAAAGAGUUCUACAUCAGAAAUAAUUUCAUGGAGCAAUGAAACCAAGAAUAUCAUCUGUGAGAACCAAGUCAACACUGGAGAAACUUCAUAUGUGCAUAACCUGACCCUGACUUGGAAGGACCUGAGUUCUGCUGAAGAUGAGACCUAUGUCUGUGUGGUGACGGCUUGUGGACACACACUGCAGGGCAGAGGGACCAGGAUUUAUCUGCAGAACAUAACACAUUCCUUCAGUCCAAAUGUCAUGGCUGUGAUUGGGUCAAACAUUGUGGUUGGACUGGUGGUGUUUGUGCUUCUGUGGGGGAUUUGGAGAAGCAGCAAUAAGUCAGAAAUGGACACUUAUGGCCAUAGAUCUUCUUACAACAGCCGGGAUGAUGACACCCUCGCGUAUACAGCAGGGAGUUCGGUGGCUUCUUCCCAACUGACACCAAUGAAACACAGACGAGACCCAGACAUUUACUCUCAAGUGUGGUACUAUCACCGUGAAUGAAGUCCGAUCAAAUAAGAAGCACAUUUUUAUUUGCAAUAUUUCACAAUAUUUUUUAUAUAAAGUUUGUAAAAAUGUAUAUUUUAAGAUGCUGAUUUUCAAACAAACACUUACUGUAUGUGAGGAGAGGGGAGAAGUGCAGGGUCUGAAGGAUAUUACAUUCCCAAUUAUUAGGACGCUCUCCCAGCAAGUUACUAAUUUUGCUUUCGUUAUUAAAUUUUUAUAGAGCCCCAUCCUGGCACCAUGUACUGACUGGUCAGCUGUCACUGACCACACCCCCUGCUGUUUAUCUCCAGAGACACUCAUACUUCAUAAGAACAGAAGAACUUCACCUCAAGAAUAAGAACAAAGUUCAUUUGGGCUCUGACAUUUCAUUUCAAAAGAUGUUCUCUCUACCAAAU